AUGGACACAGAUCCUGAUGGUGAAGUUGAGAUGGAACAAGCAGCGCCCGAUGACCAAUCAGAUACUGAUGAUCAAGUAGACUGGAGGAAUCUCCCAGAUAUAGUCUUGGUUGACAUUUACAGAUGUCUGGACAACAAUGACAGAUUUAACAUGGCAUUAGUAUGUAAGCAUUGGAAUGGCAUGCUCAAUACUGCUUGUUUAUGGCGAUGGUUCCAAGUCGAUUCCACAGUUGGGCAUUUUGCUGUACAUCGACUGAGCAAACGGCAUGAUCGCGCAAUCGGUUUUGCCUACGUUCACGCAAUUCAUGUGCGCUAUCUAACCUUAAAAUGUUUGCAUCCAUCUUUCAUGACAUGCAAGCGCUUCCAAAGAGCGAUGACACGAUUCUUAGCUAUUCUUUAUAAUAAAGCGAGACUGAGAGAAUUUUACAUGCGCAACAUGGAAUUUGAUCGUUUUUGGCGAGUAGAGACCACCACGGUCAGGUUGAUCACGUCCUUGAGUAGAUUUCUGCGAAACCAGACCCGGUUGCAAGUUUUUGACGUGUUUGGUGCACAGCUAUCUUUGACAAACGGACUGAAAAUCUUAAACAGUGUAGGCCUUGGCAGCGGGUGGAGCAUCACCAAACUGAACAUAGAAGAUUUUUUCCAUUCUAGAAUUGCCGCAUUCCCCGUGCCUCGCCUUAAGGCAAUUCUUCAACUGUUUGUGAAUCUUAGGCAUAUCAACAUCAACUACAACUGUGUUUGUAAUGAAGUGCUCGAAAAUCUUGGUAAAAAUUGUGCUGGCAGUCUAAGUAACCUCUCUAUAAAGGUCUAUCGCAACGACCCGCACUUCCAUCGCAUUGACCGCUCUGUUUGGCUGGGACUCCAUCAAGCCUGUCCAGGGCUUAAAGUGAGCUUUCACUUCGAUAAUAUUGGUCGCUAUGAAGUGAUCUCAUCGAUUUUAGUUCCUGAAGUCAGGCUCAGAAGUCUUCAUAUUUGGAGUGGAUAUGACAUCAUUGGCAUAGAUUGGCAUUUGAACGAUACGCUGCGACACAUCAGCGCGACUAUGAACAGAACGCUAGGUAGUGAUUGUAAUAUAUGUAAUAAAACGAUGUCUCACACUUAUCUUUUUGCAGAGGUUUUGAGCUUAGAAUUUGAAAACGAUCGCGAGUGGGUUGACGAGUCUCUCCUGGAAUUAAUUGAUGCAUGCAAGCGGCCUCUUCGAGAAGUAGAGUUUAUCGGAAUUUUGAUGGUUUCAACAAUAGAGGCAAUAUGCGAAAUGCAACUGCAACGAAAAAUCAACCUCACCAGAUUCCAUGUUCUUGUGAACCGCCUAACUGACGCAGAAUGGGCAGAACUGAGGCACGUUGAGGAUACAUAUCAUCCCAUGAUAGUGGAACGAGACUUGAAUUUUGUAUUUGGCACAGCUGCAGACGAGGACUUACUGGGUUAG